GCAUCAGAAGGUGUCACCUUCAUUGGACCUGACACACAUGCUAUUCAAGCUAUGGGAGACAAGAUUGAAAGCAAAUUGUUAGCCAAGAAUGCAAAGGUCAACACGAUCCCUGGCUUUGAUGGAGUAGUCAAGGAUGCAGAUGAAGCUGUCAGAAUUGCAAGGGAAAUUGGCUACCCUGUCAUGAUCAAGGCCUCAGCAGGUGGUGGUGGGAAAGGCAUGAGAAUCGCUUGGGAUGAUGAAGAGACCAGGGAAGGUUUUAGGUUUUCCUCUCAAGAAGCUGCUUCAAGUUUUGGUGACGAUCGCUUACUGAUAGAAAAGUUCAUUGAUAAUCCUCGUCACAUAGAAAUCCAGGUUUUGGCAGACAACCAUGGUAAUGCCUUGUGGCUGAAUGAGAGAGAGUGCUCCAUUCAAAGGAGAAACCAAAAAGUUGUGGAGGAAGCACCGAGCACUUUUCUAGACCCUGAAACUCGAAGAGCAAUGGGAGAACAAGCAGUAGCUCUUGCCAAAGCAGUAAAAUAUUCCUCUGCUGGAACAGUAGAAUUCCUUGUGGACUCCAGUAAGAAUUUCUACUUCUUGGAAAUGAAUACUAGACUUCAGGUUGAACAUCCCGUCACAGAAUGCAUUACUGGCCUGGACUUGGUCCAAGAAAUGAUCCGUGUUGCUAAGGGUUACCCUCUCAGGCACAAACAGGCUGAUAUUCCCAUCAACGGCUGGGCGGUCGAAUGUCGAGUUUAUGCUGAGGACCCCUACAAAUCUUUUGGCCUGCCGUCCAUCGGUAGACUGUCUCAGUAUCAGGAACCAGUGCAUGUGCCAAGUGUACGUGUUGAUAGCGGCAUACAACAAGGAAGUGAUAUUAGCAUUUAUUAUGAUCCUAUGAUCUCAAAACUAAUUACCUAUGGCUCUAAUAGAGCUGAAGCACUGAGAAGAAUGGAAGAGGCUUUGGACAAUUAUGUAAUUCGAGGUGUGGCUCACAAUAUUUCUUUACUGCGAGAAGUGAUCACCCAUCCACGCUUUGUUCAAGGAGACAUCAGCACUAAAUUCCUUCCUGAAGUCUAUCCUGAUGGUUUUAAAGGACACAAGUUGACAGAUCUUGAAAGAAGAGAACUACUAGCAGUAGCAACAUCUUUGUAUGUGGCUGAACAACUGAGAUCACAGCGAUUUCUAGGGACUCCAAGAAUUCCUAUUGCUAAAUCAAAGAGAAGUAGCUGGGAGCUCUGUGUGCGUCUAGGAGAUGGAAUUUACCCUGUUGCAGUUUCAAAGGAUGGCACGUCAUUUUCU